AUGCAUCUUGCCGAGUAUCUCUUCAAACGGAUUCACCAACUUGGCAUCAAAUCGAUUUUUGGAGUCCCCGGUGAUUUCAAUCUGACCUGCCUCGAUUACGUUGAUAGCUGUGGGCUUAAUUGGGUUGGCAACGUCAAUGAACUCAAUGCUGGAUAUGCAGCCGAUGGCUACGCACGAAUAAGAGGAAUAUCGGCGAUCGCAACCACCCUGGGCGUAGGGGAGCUUUCCGCCAUUAAUGCCAUAGCGGGCUCAAGCGCUGAUCUUGUCCCUGUCAUUCAUAUUGUGGGGUAUCCUUCGACAAAAGCCAUGGAUAAGGGGGCCUUGGUACAUCAUACCAUGGCAGAUGGAGAUUUCGAGCGGUUCGCAAGGAUGAGCGAGCAGAUCUCAAGUGCAGUGGUAAUACUGAAAGACAAUUUAACUGCGUGGAAGCUGAUCGACGACACAAUCAUCGAGUGCUACCGCUCCAGCAAGCCUGUCUAUAUUGGGUUCCCCAUGGAUCUCGUUCAGGCAGAAGUAGAUCCAUCUCCGCUUGGGCAUCUCCUGGUUCUCGAAGAACCUGUAUCCAACCCCAUCGCAAUGGAGGAAAAUGUCGUGAAUAUUAUCCUCGACCGGAUCUCGAAAUCCCAGAAUCCAAUUAUCAUUGUUGAUGGUUUGGCUGGGAAACCACAAGUCCUGAAGUCAACCAGGUCGUUCGUUGAGAACUCGGGCCUGCCUUGUUUUAUUAUGCCCAUGGCCAAGGGUAUCGUGGAUGAGACUUUGGUCAACUUCCGCGGUGUAUACGCAGAGAAAGUCUCGGAGCCUGGCGUCUUUGAGCAAGUCCAGCUCAGUGAUCUGAUUCUAGUGAUUGGACCACGUCCAACGGAUAUCAACACAGCAGGCUUCAAGACAGACAUGCCUCAUAUCGAAACGAUCAAGUUUGGCCAUGAUAGGGUUGAGAUGCGAGGCCGACAGGUUGCCAGUCUUAAAACGAGCGGUGUUCUCAGCAAGCUCAGCGAUGCCUUUGAUGGCCGCAUGUCACGGUCUAACUCGUCGGUAUCAGCUCCACGCAAGCUCAGCGACUCAUUCGAGGGUGGCAAUCCAGUCUUUCCUGCUCCCACGCCGCCUAAGGGGACCAUUGAUGGAGAUUCAGUCCUCAACGCCCAGGAGACUAUCUUUGACAAGUCGCCUCCACUGACCCAGGAAUGGGUCUGGCAACGGAUCAGCACCUGGCUACAGGAGGAUGACAUUAUAGCCGCAGAUAUUGGAACUUCGCUCUUUGGCACUGUUUGGACUCGGUAUCCACGGGGAGCAGUCUUGCUGUCACAAUUUCUCUGGUGCUCCAUUGGAUAUGCGGUUGGUGCUGCAGUAGGAGCUGCCGUGGCCGCACGUGAAGAUGAACAGAAGUCCGACGCACUUCGCCGUCGCACCAUUCUCUUCACGGGAGAUGGUAGCCUCCAAAUGACCGCGCAAGAGGUCAGCACUAUGGUCCGCCGGAACCUGCCGAUUAUCAUAUUUGUCGUCAAUAAUGAAGGCUACACAGUCGAACGUGAGAUUCACGGUUCGGAUCGGGAGUAUAACGAUAUCCAACCUUGGAACUACAAGCUACUUCCUGCUGUCUGCCAAGCUGCACCUGAAAGUGUGCGUACCUAUGAUGUUUGGACACAAGCCGACUUGGAUAUGCUUCUUGCCGAUCGUCAGUUCGGACCCGCUGGGCACUUUAAUGAGAAGAAUCCGGCCCCGUUGCGACUUGUUGAGUUGCAUAUGCCAAAAGAUGAUGCGCCAGAGUCUCUACGUGAAACUAUUAGUGCACUCAAGAGGCAGAAGUGA